AUGCACAACGUCGCGGCGCACGUGCUCUGCUCGAGCCGCUUGCUUCCGCGCAUCUGCAGCUACCAGAGCGACGCGCUGUCUGCUGAUGGACCACUGCGCUGCCGCAGCGUCCGGCUUGCAGCCAUCUACGGCGAUGAACAGCAAGCCGACGACGACCACGAGGCAGCGGACGCGGCCAAUUUCCAGCGCUGGCUCGCGCGCCAUGGCACCGCCACACUUCCAUUCCUCUGCGUGCCGCAUCUCUUUGCGUACGCGCUUCGUUGCGGCGACGUCCAUGCUCUUCAGUGGCUCGUCCACCGCGAGGUUGUGUUCUGGAACAAGGCAACGCUUGUUCUCCAUGCAGUUGGGUGUCACGCGUGUCCUUGUGCUACCGAGCAGCUCGGGCCCGCAAUGGCGAUCCGCGCCUCCGACUGCGUGCGCCGCGCUGCGACAAAGGGGCAUGUAGGGCUCUUGCGCUUCCUCUUUGCCUGUGGCUUUGACAUGGUCGACGUCUGGCGCGCCGUCUGCUCUGGUGGUCAUCUCGACGUCGCUCGCUUUGUCGUCGAGCAUCGCCUUGGCGGUUGGACCAAUGCGCUCGUAAACGUUGCUGCUGAGAACGGUCAUUUCGAGCUCGUGCGAUACUUCAACACGCUGCGUGUCGAUGGCGUGAACUCGCACACACUUGCGCUGGCCGUCCGGCACGGCGACCUACAGACAGUGCAAGCGCUCCUCACACAUCCUCAUCUGGAGGAGCUUUCGCUCAAGACUGCUUUGAGUGACGCCAUUCAGUACCGCCGCCUAGAGCUUGUCCAGUGGCUCUGUCAGCAGCCCGACGCACCCGCUGUCCAGUGCCUCCGCGGUGAACUCUCCAAGGUCCUGCGCCAGCAACGCAUCUCGUCCGUUCUCUUGUCCAAGGAGCUUCUUGGCCUCGUCACGUCGUACCAACCCGGCCAUGACAUGCACACAAUCGGUCUUCGCCAGCUAUGCCACCGCCACGCGAUCUACGAGACGACGCCGCAUCAAGUGCCCGAGAUGGCUUCGUACGCAGCGUACCAUUCGCUGUUUACAGCGUGGUGGGCUCGUCAUGGCAAGCGUGAUUUGCACCUUUUGUGCCUCCCACACCUCUUUGCCUACGCCAUCACCUACGGCAACACGGAGGUCAUCCGCUGGCUGAGCCCGCGCCUCGCACCAAGUCAGCGGCUCGAGCUCCUCUGCGAGACGGCACAUCGGUGCGUUCUCUCGACGCAUCAGCUCGUUGGGCACUCGGUGGUCUAUGCCGAUUGCGUCGCAUACGCCGCCGAGUCGGGUCACGUCGAGCUCCUCAAGUUCUUGGACGGCCUUGGCUUUACGAUGGAGAAAGUGUGGCAUCGGUGCAGCUACUUUGGCCACGUGAAUGUUGCCCGGUACGCACACGCGCACGAGCUGGACGGACACCUUCCCCGGUACGUCUACGACGCCACACUCGGAGGGCAUGUCGCAGUCGUGCAGUUCUACCACGAACAUGGCUACCCCGGAUUCACCGAAAAGACGAUCUGGGCCGCCGUGCACAGCGGCCGCGUCGAUAUGGUCGCCUUUGUGUUGACGCACCGCGACGAAGCCAGUGUCCGCGAGGCCCUCUUGACUGCAGUCGAGACCGAUCACGUGGACAUUCUCAAGUGGCUCUGCAAUCGACCAGGUGCGGACAGAAUGCUCGACACGGCACUGCAGCAGGCGUGUCUCAUGCAGAGCCAUGCGUGCAUCGCGUACCUUGUCGACGAGCUGCGCGUCACGGCGUCUCGUACAGCGACGCGGCUCUACAAACGCUAUUUACAACACCCGACAUGAGCCCGCACCGAUUCUUCCGCCUUGGACCAAGGGGGACGUGUGUCAACAACGAUGGCUCGUCCGGCGCAGACCGUGUUAACAAGUCGACUGCGAAGAAACGCCCAAGUAAUAUCGGGUCGACAUGUACAAUAUGUCUAUUAAUCUUUACUUGAAUGUAC